CCGUUCUGGGGGCGGAGUCCACGGCCGCGCGGUGCGUACUUCCGGCUGCCGGGUUGACAUGAAGAAGCAGCGGCUAGGGCGGCGGUAGCGGUGGGAGCCGAGGCUUGCAGCGGGACUCCCGGCGGAGUGCGCGACGCGGCCUAGAGCGGCAGACGGCGCGGUAGGCCGAGGAGGAGGCGCAGCAGCCGCCCUGGCCCGUCAUGGAAAUGGAAAAGGAGUUCGAGCAGAUCGACAAGGCCGGGAGUUGGGCGGCCAUUUACCAGGAUAUCCGCCACGAAGCCAGCGACUUCCCAUGUAGAGUGGCCAAGCUUCCCAAAAACAAAAACCGAAACAGGUACAGAGAUGUCAGUCCCUUUGACCAUAGUCGGAUUAAACUACAUCAAGAAGAUAACGACUAUAUCAAUGCUAGUUUGAUAAAAAUGGAAGAAGCGCAGAGAAGUUACAUUCUUACCCAGGGCCCUUUGCCUAAUACAUGUGGUCACUUUUGGGAGAUGGUGUGGGAGCAGAAAAGCAGGGGCGUGGUCAUGCUCAACAGAGUGAUGGAGAAGGGAUCGUUAAAAUGUGCACAGUACUGGCCACAAAAAGAAGAAAAAGAAAUGAUCUUUGAAGACACAAAUUUGAAAUUAACAUUGAUCUCUGAAGAUAUUAAGUCAUAUUACACAGUACGACAACUAGAAUUGGAAAACCUGACAUCUAAAGAAACUCGAGAGAUCCUACAUUUCCACUAUACCACGUGGCCUGACUUCGGAGUCCCUGAAUCGCCAGCCUCAUUCCUGAACUUUCUUUUCAAAGUCCGAGAGUCGGGGUCACUCAGCCGUGAGCACGGCCCAGUCGUGGUGCACUGCAGUGCCGGCAUCGGCAGGUCGGGGACCUUCUGUCUUGCUGACACCUGUCUCUUGCUGAUGGAUAAAAGGAAAGACCCUUCUUCUGUUGAUAUCAAGAAAGUUCUGUUAGAAAUGAGGAAGUUUCGGAUGGGGCUGAUCCAGACAGCAGACCAGCUCCGUUUCUCCUACCUAGCUGUGAUCGAAGGUGCCAAAUUCAUCAUGGGAGACUCUUCAGUGCAGGAGCAAUGGAAGGAGCUCUCCCACGAGGACCUGGAGCCCCCACCUGAGCAUGUCCCACCCCCUCCCCGACCACCCAAACGAAUCCUGGAGCCACACAAUGGGAAAUGCAAGGAGUUCUUCCCAAACCACCAGUGGGUAAAGGAUGAGUCCGAGGAGGAUAAAGAAGAUGGUCCCAUCAAGGAAGAAACCAGAACCCCCUUAAGUGUCCCCUGUAACAUAGAAAGCACGAGUCAAGACACUGAAGUCAGAAGGCGGGUCGUGGGGGCAGGUCCUACCCAGGAGCCAUCGCCACCCAAGGAGGAGCAGGACCAGGCGCUGACUCACUGGAAGCCCUUUCUGGUCAACAUGUGCAUGGCCACGGUCCUCACGGCUGGCGCGUACCUCUGCUACAGGGGAAAGACUCCCACACUGAGGAAUGUUGAGUCCUCUGCAGACGAGGGUUUAAGGGUAUAGGACGCUGACUUGCUCAGUCACUUCCUCUGCUGUGCGCACUGAGCUUGGCCAGGUCCUGCCAGCUUUCUCACUUAAGAAGAAAAACAAAAGGCCAUCUGUAGGAAUUACUAGUAAACCUGGCUCGUGCUUUUGCUCAGGGUGUCCCCACUGGUUUUCCCUCAUUCAUGUCUCCAUUGAUCCCUUCUUGUAGCAGCCAUCUUGCUCAUGUCCUGCCCUCAGCACCCAUCCAAAACAGGGUUCCUUGAGGACCCUGCCUCAGGGUCAGAGGUCACCACAGGGUGGGUGGCCACCGGCUUUUUACCCUGCCAUUGAGAUCCAGAAGGAGCAGUUCCCACUUGAUUUGGACUGUAAAUGCCUUUUCAGUAGACAUCCACACCUGAGAAGUGAGUUGCUGUUAAAGUAAGGGGAAGGGAGGAUUAGCUUCAAAACUCUGGUCAUGGAAAUAACCUCACAAGACUUACAUCAUUUUAAAAUUUUACCUCUUUUCAGGUGACCAUCUUUGAGUGCAUCAGAUGGUUUAGUAACACACAGUUUUUCCUUAGGGGUGAUUUUUGGAAGGGGUGGGGGCUAUUGUAAAAAUAAAUAAAUAAAAGCCUCUUUUUUUGGAGUGGCCAGGGUUUGGGGGUGGCCAGGUAGUACCAAGUCUGCAGCUCUGCCGGGCGGGUCCGGGCUCAACUGAAAAUGUUUGGUUUCAUUCCAGUUCCUGUUCAACAACAACACAUAAUCUGACCCACCUCCACCCCACUGCCCGCUCCACUCACAGAGCCCGCACCUGACUAGCAGGCAACGUGGUAGGUAAGGGCCGACGCACAGCGUGGCCAGUGUGACGCGGCAGAUGUUUGUCCUGCGCUGAAAUUACCCUCCCCAGCUGUUGGUAGUUUGAAACUACCCCUUUCAUUUUACUCCCCCUCCCCCUUCUUUAUGUACCAAAUCCACAACCUGUCUUUUUGAGGAAAGCAGAAGAGUCCCAUGCUGCUGGCACAGAGGAAGGUGGCCUGUGCAGGGCGGCACACGGAAUUUCCUGGGAGACUCCGCGGAGAGCCUCUCCACUCCAUAUUUAUUUUUUUAUUUUUCCCCCCAGAGGUGUCCAUAGUGCACUAGCAUUUUCUUAAACCAAUAAUGUAUUAAAAUGUUUUGAUGUCAGCCUAGCAUGAAAGGCUUUCUCAAAAAGUACAAUAAUAAACCCUCAGGUAGUGCUGGGAACGUAUGACUUUGCCAUGAGCCCACUGCAUCAGACCAGUGCUAGGAAGGAGGACAGCUGUGAGCGGUGGGUAUUUCAUGACACUGUGGGUAAUGUGAGAGGAGGUUUGGCAUUUGUUUAUAGAGCAGUGGGGUAAUAUAUAACGAACACUUGGAUAUUUAACAUACAUGACGGGAGAUGACUUUGUCCGGUUAUUCCCCUCCCCAGUUUUAUCUACUAGAACUUUAUUCUCGAUCACCACUUUCCCCGUGGGUAUUAGAAUGCAUGUUCAGUCUUCUUGUGUCCUGAUCAAAUACCACGUGCUUGAAAUACUUAGAUCUCUGCUUAUAAAGUGCCCUCGUGUAUAAGUCCAAUUUCCCCUUGCAUGAUCAGACCAUUACAUGGCUGUGGUUCCUAAGACUGUUGCUGAACUAUUCGCUGUUCAGCACUGGAGGGAUGUUUCCAGUAACAGAUAUUGGCCUAAUUCCUGGCAUGAAACUCUGGUGACUUCCUGGUGAGGUCCGGCUGGGUCCCACUGUAACAAACAUUCCAAGGAGAUGGGAAGCCAUAGUCACACCUCACGCUCUGGACAUUUAGGCAAGCAGGGUCCCCUGCACACACACCUUUGGGAUCAGCCUCCACUAUCCCAAGUACACACUCUUCUUGAGAAGACUGUGAUUUGGAACCAAGGCAACUGUUGGAAACCACACUUGAAGCAACCUGGAUGAUGACGGUCCCUUGGAGUCAGCCGGCUGCUUUCUCAGUCGGAGGGCCUUGCUGAAAGAGGCCUGUCUGCCCCUGCCCUUGAACCCUGGGGACUGAUGGUGCUCACGACUCUUCUUGUGAGGGGAGCUUAAGACCUCCACAUUAAGUGGCUUUUUUAACAAGAAAAAAAGGCAGCUGUAGUUCAUGAGCUGCUCUUUUGCCAGCAUUUUCACAUUUUGCCUUUCACGUGUUAGAAGCCCGUGCAGAGAAAUUCUGUGGUGGGAACAUUUGAGGCAUCGCCCCGCAGAGCCUUGUGAGGUGUGGAUGAGGCUGAGGUGCCAGGCUGCAAGCAUUUUGAGUUGGGCUUGUUUGUUUUUGAAGUCCUGUAUAUGUAUGUAGUAGUUUGGGUGUGUAUAUAUAGUAGCAUUUCAAAAUGGAUAUACUGGUUUAACCUAUCUUUGGAAAACAGGUGGCUCUCCAUCUUGUUACACGUAUGUUAGAGAAGUAGCGAGCUGCUCUGCUAUAUGCCUUAAACCAAUAUUUACUCAGCAGGUCAUUAUUUUUUACAAUGGCCAUGGAAUACACCAUUUUUACAAAAAUAAAAACAAACAAAAAAAGCGAGGUGUUUUGGUAUAAUACCUUUUCAGGUGUGUGUAUACGUGGAUGCAUGACGGGGUGGGGCGGGGGGCGCGUCUCAGGGUCUUCUGUGAUUUCACAGAACUGUCAAACUGUACAGUUUUCCAACUUGCCAUAUAAAAAUGAUGGGUUUGCAUUUUAGUUGCAACAAUAAAAUUUUUUUUCUAAAGAAUAUGGAUUUGGGGUGCUUCCCAUUUCUUUGCUUAACUGGGCCUAAACCAGAAUGGACAACCCUACUUUCCACCCCUGCUGAUGUGAGGCAGAUGUUGUCAAGCGGGGUUACAAGUUUCCACGUGUUAGGAAUCACAAGGGCCUCCACAAGAUGCACGGGGGCAUUCUCCCUGAAUGGGAGUCCAUUUAACCCAUCCUGCCUCAACCUCCUUCCUUCAGCAGAGCCCACCUUUGGCACGUGGGGCCCUUGGACAACUUAACAAACGUGCACAAGUUGUUGGAAAAGCUGUUCAGGCCUCAAGAACAUGCCUCUUAGCCAACUGCCUGUGAGACCCAGUGGUUGUUACCGCAUCUCAGUACGGUCGUGUUCGAUGUAGAAUUGACGUGGGAACAGUAAGAUGUGCAAAAUCAUGUAGUCUUCCUUUUUUGUACAAAAUAAAUGUAAAUCUCCC